AUGGACAACGAUGGCAACCUUGUCGUGGACCCGCAAAAGAUGCGCAGCAUGGACAAAGCGCUCUUACUGGUCCUAAUCCUACUUCGGACACCAGAAGACCAACGUCACCAUGCUGCAAAGUGUACGCUAAGCGAUUUUACGACUCAUAAGGACAGAUUGCUCGUUCAUAAAGACGUUGCACCCAACGAACGCCCUCACCCUGCCGCCGUAAACUACGACGAGUUCCUGGAAAUGAUGGUGGGGUGGGAGCAGCUACCCAACCCUGCUCUAGUUGCGGAGGGUGGCGCCGCUACACAAACCUCAUGGAGAGCGAUCGCGGAGAUGCUCCGGGAGCGCGACAUCAGUCUCGAUGACAUUGACCAAUCGCUCUACCAUGAACUUACGACGCUCGCUGGUGAGGUUCUGCAGCACCGACUCGACGAACUCAAGGACCUUGCGCUCGCUGGCAUCCUCCGAGAGCGCAGGAAGAAGCUUCUAGCUGGUCUAGCGGCUGCCAGUAUGCGCCCACAAAAUACGUUUCACUAUAUCCAGCCCAAGGAACAGGACCGCAGGGUCCUCUACGCGAUGCGUUAUUCGCACAGCCACCCACGCGGCAAGCUCUUCGACCCUGCGGAAGAGAGGCAUCGCGACGUUCAAGUCGCCGAGCGUCAGGAGAACUCACAUACGAGGCCGACGAUUCAUGAGGGGAUUCAGACGCUGAAGGAAAAGAAGCGGACGUGGGCGAAGUCCAAGUGCGGGAAGGUAACGAAGUAUACGUGCAUUAUUCUGGUAAUCGUUGGGAUUCUGGCCGUCAUUCUGUUGGCUUGUUAUUUCAGGAUGGGGCAGAGCAGGAAGCCGUCUGCACGCGAGUAG